AAUCGUGUUUCACUUUGAAAACCACAUUCUCUUUGCAGACGAUGCUUCAAAAUACUACAAUGAGUUCUUUGUCUUGUGGAUUCUCCACUUGGAUUAUACCAUGGCUCCAAAUAAUACUCAACAUGGAUUCAUUUUGUAUGGAAACCAAUGGCACACGUGCAGAGUUAAGUCCAGAGCUGAUUAAAGUCAAAGAUGCUUUCACAAUACUACAGGUAACAUGCUGUAUACUAGGAGUAUUUGGUAAUAUUUUGAAUCUCCAAACGCUAAGAAGUCCUUCUCUGCAAACUGUUCCAUUCAUGUACAUAAAAUCCCUUGCCAUUUUCGAUCUGAUUGCCCUAACUAUGAUCUUAAUUCAUUAUUGUCUUGUGAGCACAACGAAAAUGGCGUUUGUGAUGUAUUAUACAACCUAUAUCGAAGCCCCAUUCAUCAAUGGGUUUUUAAUAUCCGGACUAUAUUGCUCAUUUUUGCUCACGCUAGAACGUUAUUUCUUAAUAUCUAGGCCACACCAGAAACCAACUCCAUUUCCACGAGAACAAGCUCGCAGGAGAAUUUAUACCAUGCUGGCCUUGUCGUUCCUAAUUCACUUACCGAUGGUGCUUCAAAGAAGACUAUCAGUGAAUGAAAAUGGAGAGUAUGUGAUAAAAAACAACGUGGAACUGUUAUGCCAAGAGCCUAACUGGUCGUUGUACAACUAUUACAAGUUAAUAAGAGAAUGUGUGAGGUUUUUGAUUGUGAUCAGUAUGACCAUAAUUAAUAUCAUCAUUGCAAGGAAAUUACAGAUCACAAAAAAACGCCGAAGACGUCUUGUCCGACGAUCUUCCCCACAAAACGAAAUCCCAAAUGGAAUCUCUGCCGAUUCAGAAUCCAAUGUAAAUUCAUUCACUAUGAGACGCGAAGAUUCGAAUUUAAUACGAAGUUUCACGGAAAAGAAACUUACUGUAUUGAUGAUAUCGAUUUGUGUGAUUUUCUUGCUAGGAAAUGUUCCUCAAAUUGUCGUGAUGAUACUGCAAAACGAGGCCAUGGAGACUAAUUUCAACUUUCAACUUUAUCGUCAUUGCUCAAACACUUUAGAAGUGCUGAAUCAUUGUCUCAAUUUUUAUGUCUUCUGCAUUGCUAGCUCGGAAUACACAAGGGCAUUUCUUCUGAAUUGCAACUGUCUGCAGAAUAUGAUGUACAGAUUUCCUAGAAUUGCAAGAUUUGUGAGUAGGAGAAGAAGCAGCAGUGUGAUGGUGAGUUCCGGUGGAUUUGGAGUUGCAAACCGAGAAUACUUGAGCAUGGAAUCAGUCCAGGAGGAACAAAAGAAAUGGGUUGUUGAUCCAAGCACAAGCCCAUACUCUCAAACGGAUUCCAAUUUGAGAAGUAUUUUGGUAACAGGUGCUCGUGAACCUCGACAGAAAAAAUCACUCACAAUUGUAAACCAUUGCGCCGUAGAAGAAGACGUCAACUCUCAUGAAGUUACACAAAUUUAGUCAUAACUACGUUUAAUAUGUUCUGUAUAUUGUAUUUAAUAUUUUCCACACUUCCCUACUUCUUAAUUUAUUGUGCAUAAAUGUAUUAUAAAUAUGGACAAUGUU